ACAUGUGCCACGUAACUCGGUGCAGCCCGGAUAUUCGGAUUGGGUGGGGACCCUAUUUCAACCAAUUUAAAACCUUUGAUAUGUAUAAAAGGUCUAGGUAACCAUGGAGCUGAGCACACAACAAACUUGAUACCGUUAGAGUCAAAAGUAUUAACAGUCAGGACAAACUGCAUGCGAGUCCAAAAGGAAUAACCAAAGAAUUAAAGUACAGAAUUAAAGCUAGUGUGCGCCAUCGAAAGGAAACUUAAAUAGUGUGUUUGUGGCGAUGCGAGCAUUUUGAAGUGAAAUCAACCUGGUGCGAGGGUGUUUGUGUGUGUGCGUUUUGCUGUGAUUCCUGCCAGUCCCGGAAUAAAUCAGAAUAUAAGCUCAGUUACCCACGAACAGCAUCAGUGGAUCGUGAACGAACGUAAAGUUCUAAACGGGGAGAAUAGUAAAACCAAAAAUGCUUCUCCGAAGCCAUCAGAUAGUGCUUUUGUUGGUGGCGGUGAUUGUGGCCACAGUUUGGGCCGCUGAUGAUUCCGGUGGUUCAACUUCCGGUGCUGUUCCUGCCAAGCUGGACGAUUACGUACUGACGACCCAGUCCGAGUGCUACAAAUCAAAACGCCUAGUGUCCUGUUUCAAAUAUCGGAUUUCUCGUUACAUUUGGUCGUUCGCCUCGGGCCGUGUAAACUGGUUCCAGUCCGAGGAUAAAGCUCGAGAAAGCGGUGGCAACGGAUUGCGCCUGGUACGACUGAACGAACAUCAGGAGGACGAUGUUUUUCCGGAAGCACGAUUGAUUACACCUUACGAUAACGAGUUGUUGAAGGCGGGCAAAUUCCUGCAGCGUUCAUUAAACACUUUCAUCGGAGCCCACGGAGUGCGGGUGGGAAUGGGGGCGGAAAGUGGCGCCCGUUUCUUGGAUGACGACGACGUUUUCGAUGGCCGUGGCAAGAAACGCCGCCGCUGGAGCAUGAUCCUGCCCCUGGCCUUGAUGCUGAAGCUGGUCCACAUGAAGCUGCUGCUGAAGCCCAUCCUGAUUGGUGUCGGGUUCAUCCAGCUGCUGCUCAUCGUCGGCGGGCUGAUCAUCUUCAACUACUUCCGGCACAGCAGCAUCUGCAGGUUGCAGCCCCACGUGGUUCACUCACAUUCGCACAUCGGCAGCGAGUCAGCACCAGUAUCCUACACGGCUUAUCAAGCGUACCCAUCCUACUCAGCUUCACCAUACAACGCGUACAGCAAAGAUUGGGCCACGAACCGGGCCUACAGCGCCUACAAUUUUCUCGAUGCCAUCGAUAGUCAAAAAAUUUAAUCUAUAGCUGCUUACUGAGUUAGAAAAAAAAAAAUUAAAUCGAACUGCAUUAGCCUUUUUCCAAUCUUCCUCUUAGCAACACUAACUAGGUUUUCACAUUCGAUCUAUCAAUACCUACUUUUUAACAGCCACACUAUUUUGAUUAAUUUUUAAUCUCUGCUUCGAGUAACAAGACUAAGCUUCUGUAAUAAGUUCCUCACACCCCCAGUGCAACUCCAAUCGAACCAAUUCAGAAAACCCAUUUCGCCUAAACAAAUAUUGGUCAAUGUUUUGCUGUUCCUUUUCCCGGUUGACGGACUUUCUAUUCUAUUUUCACCAGAAACCAAAACCAUUCAAAUGGUCGUUAGUCUUUCUGUGCUUGCUCGCUAGUCCCGUACCUAUUAGAAUUGGUCCUGCACAGGGAAACAAGACCCAAACGAAUAUUCUCCUUCCACGUAAACAAAAUUUCGCUCCCAUUUAACCCCCUAGAUAUCUCCCUUCUCCCCCACCUUUGUGAGCGUGCUCUUGAAGCAAGGGAGAAAUCUUUAGGAUGACGGUAGCAUUAGAGGGAAAGUUGUAUUUAUUUAAUAUUUAUUGAAUUAUUUAUUUGCCUAGUACAUAGCCGGAAGAGUAAACGAAUGAAAAUUGAAACGACAAAUAGCGUCCCGUGAGCUGCGAAACCAAUUCAAAUGUGCCACCUCGAAAAAGCGUCAACAAAGCUAAGCAAUGGAGAGGAUUUUUUGUUCUGUUCGGGAAACCGGAAAUCGGCCUCCAGUGGUAGUCGUUUGGGCGUCAAGUGGAAAAUAAAGUAAAACAAUAAAUUACA